AGAGAACGCCGGCUGAAGACCCUCUCUUCCUCGACUCUCUCUUUCUCUGACUCCCUCCCCCCUCUUUCUAUCCUUCCUGCCACCCUCCCAACUCUCUCAGAGGCUCUCCCUUCCAGGCGAUCUCCUCAGUAAAAGAUGGCAUGAGCACACUGUCACCCUUCCUCAGCUUGUGGAGCUUGUUUUUUUUCUUAUUCUCCUCCUCAUCUCCUCUCUUUCUGUCACUUUCCCUCUGUCUCUUUUCCCACUCUGUUUUCCUGUGUUUCCUUCCACCUCUCUGCGCUCAGUCCAGGGGGUGAAGAGGAGGGGAGGGAGGUAGACAGAGGCUGACCUCUCCCCUCCUCCUCCUCUGCUCGCACCCACAGGGCCCACAGAGAGCCGUAGCAGGGAGCCGUCUGAUGACUUUACACCAUCAACGAGCUCCUUAACCUGGCCAACCACAGCCCGAUCCCCCUGCCCUGCCCCUUCCUUACAUCCUGCAACCCAGGCUCUUCUUCUCUGAAUCAGCAGAGGACUGAUCCAGGACCAUGUUUGGAUUAAAAACUCCACACUACUACAUCCCAGGUAUGAACCAUGAGUCCAAUAAAUCAUCAUUAGGAAUGAUCUCCACGGCAACUCGCACCACGGCCACCGUCAGUCCCCUCAGCCCACUAACCAAUGGGAACGCAGCUGCCCAAUCUGCAAACUCCGGAUUCGCUGCUGCCCUGCGUAAACUGGCCAAACAGGCAGAGGAUCCCAGAGGUUCUGCCAUCAGCGGUGAGUCAUCUCCAGUCUCUUCCCCGGCCACCAGCCACAGCUCGCCAGUCACCACACCUAAACGAGGCUCAUUAGGGCCCCUUCUGGGCCAGACCAGGGGCCACGGUGUCCCCAGCACCCCUCCAGUCGUCACCAUUGCACCCACCAAGACCAGCAACGGCCUGUGGAGGGCCGACGGACGACAGGUUGAGCCGAGUGUUCAGGGACUCAGUAGGGAGCGGGUGAGUGCUGAGAGCACCCAGGCACAGCAGGAUAAGAGGACUCCGCCUACCCCUUCACCUCACCCCUUGGCCCACCCCUUUGGCCUUACCCCCAGUUCCGUCAUGCAGGACCCCAGAAUACAGAGCCUUAGUUUGCCCGGGCAGAUGCACCCUGUGGUUCCCUCGGGUGCCGUCCCAGAAGAGUACCUGAGAGCGCUCCGGCCCUUUGCCACCUCAGAUGACCUCCGACUGACCUCUUUAUCCCUGAGUCUCGACCCUGCUGCUGCUGCCCAUGCCGCAGCUGCUGCUGCUUAUUAUCAUCCUGCCUACCUGCACCACCCACUGUCCCUACCAAGGAUGGAGGAGUCUCUGUGUCUUUCUGCACUGCGAUCGCAGUUCUACUCUGUGCCUGCAGGGGGCGCCUUCCCUCCUCUCCACCCCUCUGCCCUCCACUUGCACCUGCCUGGAGGCCGGUACCCCGGAGAACUAAACCACACAGCGCUGGCUGAGAGGCUACAGAUGGAGAAUGAGCUCCGCCAGCGAGAGAGACAGCAAGAGCGUGAACGAGAGAAAGAAAGGGAGCGCGAGGCAGGGCUGGAACGAGAGCGGGAACGGGACAGGGAGAGAGAGAGGGAGGAGGAGAGAGGGAGAGAGCGGGAGAGAGAGCUGGACAGACAGAAGGAGAGGCAGAGGGAGAGACAGCAGCAGAUGGUCAGAGCGGCGGAGAGCCACUACCUGGCUGAGCUGCAGGCUCGGAGGGCACCACCGGAGGACAGGGCCAGGCCAGGGGAGAGACUGACCCCGAACAGACUGGAUAAAACCAAGGAUUCAGAGCACCCAGGUUUCCCAGCACCCAAACCUCUCUCCCUGCAGCCUGGCCUACACUCCUCCAGGGGCUCCGUCCCACACCCAGUGCCCAGCCUGGUGCCUUCUCACCUGGGGAAGCAUCAUGCUGCUGCUGCUGCUGCUGCUGCUGGGGGGAUCCACGGUGCUCUGACAACAGCUGCCAUGAUGACUCAGAGGGCCAGCGAGGCAGCGUGGUUAACACGGCAACGAGGACAAGGCCAGGAGAGGGAGGGUCCGCUGGAGAUGGGCCUCAGGUCACCUGGGAAAGGUGUCGAGCCGAGGAGAGACAGCCACAGAACCAAUUUAGUCCAUCACAACCCAGGCAGCAAAGAUAUACCUCAAUGCCUCGGUGCUCCACCUCCCCUUAUCUCCCCCAAAGGUCCUCAUCAUCCCCCUGCCCCUCCAACUACACUGUGGAACCCAGCCUCCCUUGUCGACACCCCUGCAGACUCCCGCAGAACACUUAACCCUCCUACGCCGCCAAGUCGGCCUCCUCCAGGACUGACCAGAGCCGACAGGGCCCCCCUGAGCUGGGGGGAGAAGCUAGAACAAGGAGGCAGGAGGAGGGCAGAAGGCACAGAGAGGUACACCUCCCUGAGGGGGGCUAGUUUACAUGAAACAGGCUCCUGGAACAAGGCAGAGCAGGACAGAGCCAUCCAGAGCCUCUAUCACCGGCACCACAUCAAUAACCUCCACCAGAGAUCCAGUGUGACUCUGCCUGCUCCAGGUACCUGCACUGACCCGGGGGGGCGGUGCCAGGUUGCCCCUCCGUCUCCGGUGAGGGAGCGACAGAGUCAGCCGCCCGACAGCAUGCUGGUGUAUGACGAGGUUCUCCAGCAGCACCGCCGGCUGCUCAGCAAGCUGGACCUGGAGGAGAAGAGGAGGAGAGAGGCCAGAGAAGGAGGUUUUUACUAUGACCUGGACGAGUCAUAUGAUGAGAGUGAUGAAGAGGAGGUGAAAGCCCAUUUGAGGAGAGUGACAGAACAGCCCCCGCUGAAACUGGACUCAUCCUUUGAGAAAGUGGAUUUUCUGCAUGUGUGUGGUCUGACCACACUGGCCCAUCGCGAUGAGCUUCUGGCACAGAAGAGGAGGAAGAGGAGGCGGAUGAUGAGAGAGCGCAGCCUGUCUCCCCCGGCUGUGCAGGGCAAAAGAAAGGCCUCUUCACCUUCCGCACCUGCAACUCCCUUAACCACCCCGUACUCUGCUGAGGAGAUGGACAGCACCCCCAAACUGGAGGAGAAAAAAAACUUCCUCCAUAUGUUCAACCUCUCCCAUGUCAGCCCACAGCAGAGGAGAGAUAAGGAGAGGACAGAGGAGCUGCUGAAGGCCAUUCAGAGGAAGACUGUGACAUUAGACACACUCAGAUAUAAUCCUUUACCUCCGUAUAGCAGCCCUCCUGCUCCCUCAUCUGGUGACCCCUCAUCAGCCCCUCUGCAGUGCCCAUUUAAUGGAAAUCUGUUCCCAGACUCUCCCAGCCCCUCCCCUCCCUGCUUACACAAACCUAAGCAUCGCCUCCAUAACGAUGCAUUCAAACCUUCCACGGACACCCACGGGGCCCGCAUCCCUCCGCCCUUGACCCUUCAUCAUGAAAAGGCUGAAUUCAUGGAGGCUCAGCCAAACAGGAAGCUCCAGGGCCUCCAGAACGGUGCUGUUGCUUCUCCUCAGAAAAAGGAGCCCAAUCCUGUGCAGAACGGACGGAAUCGGCCCUGGGAGAGGUUCACACCUGAGGCCUUUGCUCAGCACUUCCACCAGGCAGUGCUGCAGUCCACACACAACACACUGCAGAACAAAGGAGUCUCAAAUUGUGUCCCAGAGGCCGACCGUUCGCUGCCUCACAGUAUCUCUCAACUAAAAAGUUCAAGUCAUAACCCUGCCCCUCAGCAUGCACACGUCAACGGCCAUCACUUCCAUUUCCCUGCAGCCAGCAGGGACACUCCAGGACCACGGGAAAACCUGUCUGACGAGGACGAGGAAGAGUCUGGUCAGGAGGAGGAAGAUGAGGAGGAGGAGGAGAUGGAAGAAGCUCCAAGGAAGUGGCAGGGCAUUGAAACUAUUUUUGAGGCCUACCAGGAGUAUGUGGAUGAAUGGAGUACAGAGAGGCAGGUUCUUCACGGUCAGUGUAAAAGACUUGAAGCACAGAAUUACAAUCUGACCAGAACUGCAGAGCAGCUCUCUCUCACUAUGGGGGAGCUGGUGAGUCAGAGGCAGAAAGUGAGAGAGGAGAGGGAGAGACUGCAGGCCCAGCUCGAGCACUUCAGGAGGUGUUUGACACUACCUAACAUUCACUGGGGCCGGGGACAAGUCAACGGGCACACGCCGAGGUGACGUCUGACACCAACUUUGACAAAUGCGCCUCUGACAGCAAAGGAACAGUAACAAGAACAAGACUGGAGCCAGACCACUCUCUGCACUUGAAGGAGCCAAUCCUUGUCUUGUUAUCCUUUUGGCCAAUAAUUUCUGUUACCUGACUGGCUCAAUUGAUUACCUGCCACGGUGACCAUAUAGUUUGGGCAUUCCCACAUUCUCUCAUGCUGCCCGUGGAUUGUAACUACACUGUGUAGGUGAAACAGCACCUUUGUAACGCUAACCACUUACACUAGUCCCUGAGUUGGCUUUAAGAACUUUCCACCAUUUUUGCUCAUAUCAUAUCAACUGUAUUGAUCCACACUAAUGAGAUGUAUCGCUUGACACAAAUCUGUAGCCUCUCUGGACAGCAGUGAGAAGAGACUAAGCGUGCAGUGGUCACUUUGUUAAUACUCAGAGAUUGAAAAUUGAGUCAUUGAAUCAAAGCACACCUCAGGCCUUAAACUUGACAGGAUGCACUUGAAAUGGAAUUGGAAGAAAUACUUGACCGUCCUCUGUGUGGUACAAUGGUGUAGUGUCUACUGAGCACUGUAGCUGACUGAUGAAGCAGUGUGUGUGCUGGUAAAGUUUCUGCAGAGGAUAGGAAACAUCUAAAAGAUUUUAUCUAUAUAAAGGCAAAUGGUAUCAAUGAAGUUUUUGUUUAAGGUUUAAUACAUUUUCCAUUGGUAAUGUCACUCGUGAUAGACAAAGAAUUUUGUAUGUUUUUAUUGUUUUAACCAUUUCUUGUGGGAAGCCAUAUGUUUUGUUUGAACUGCUGCUGGUCAGAAUAAAAAUGUUUAGAAAAUGAAGGAUGUCGUUGUAUUUGAAAAAAUGUUAAGUGAUGUCAAAAAGUUUGGGGGUUGACCAAGAGACAUAGGGGACAGAAGACGACAUGGCAAAUAUCAGUCUUUGUCUCACAACAUUAUCAAGUCGACCAUCAACUGUUCAGAUGGUUUAUCCCAGAGUCUGUGUCCUAAACCCUCCACAUGCCUAAACAUGGUAACAAAACUUGAAGAGGAUAGAAGAUGGGAUUUUUUAAAAAAGGCCUUUUGCAUCAUUCUUUAUGUUCUUUGGCAUCACUUGAGUGGAACUACAUUACGUUUAGACAUAUUGUCAAAUGUUUUCACCUACCUGAAGGUGAUUUCUUGUGGCAUUAUUUUUAAAAACCAAGUUGAAGUGAUUUUGUUAAAGAAACAGAAAAGCCAAAUUAUUAUUCAGUUCCAUUUCAGGACUAUGUCAAAACUAAUAAAUGAAAUAUUUUCACUGGAUACUCUUAGAGUACUUGAAACAAUUAUCUGAUUGUUUGAGUGACAAACAUCUGAAUGACACUACCCCUCUGUGGAUAACCAUAAACUGCAUCUCCUCUGGUGUUUUGAUGAGAUCUAUUUUUGUUCAAGCCAGAUAAAACAAUGUCACGAAUUCAUGAUUUCUGCUUCUUUUCCUUUGAAUAUUAAAAUCCCAGGAGCCCAUUCCUAGAAGCACAAUCUCCCAAAAUCACCUGACCUUCCUGCGUCACCUGUUCAGUCUCCCCUACAAACUUGCUGUGAAAUCCAGCAUAUUUGUUUCAAUCAGUUGUUAUGUAAUGUAUUAUUUGGGUUGUAUAAUUGUGAUGAAUUAUUUAUUAACAUAUAUUGCUGUAUAUUCUGAUGGAAAUUUACAUUAAAAUAUUUGCAAAAUGUC